GUUUAUAGGGACAUGCAGGUGAGUGCAAAUAAGAAGUGCGCUAAAUGUCCCACAAUGGGUUUAGCGUUUAACAUGAAUCAGUGAUUAAGCAACCCUCAUUUAUAACAUGUCUAAGCUUGGUUUCUGACCAUGGCAUAGCUUUUCCGAAAGGUCUCUUGCAUUUGGCACGGAGACCUGCACUUGCUGGUUGUCAUUACUUGUAGAUGCCGUGGGAAAGUUAUGGGACCUGAAAAUGCUAAUAAUGAACCGCUUGCUUCUGACUGAGUUCUUGCUUGUUCCGCAGGUGUCGUGGAUCCGACACCGAGACCUUCACGUACUGACGGUCAGCUCCUUCACAUUCACCAAUGACGACAGGUUCUCCGCUCACCGAGACCCGUCCACGGGGGACUGGGUGCUGGUGCUGCGCCGGCCACUUCCGUCGGAUUCUGGGUUCUACGAAUGUUCCAUCUCCACCAAGCCAGUAACCACCAUCAGUGUCAAGCUCGACGUUGUUGUGCCCACAGCAGAGCUGCUGGGAGACGGUGAGGUCUACCUAGACCGAGGAAGCACUCUCAACCUCACUUGUGUGGUACACUUCAGCCCUACGCCCCCAGAGUUCAUCCUGUGGUACCACCGCGAUAAGCUGGUGAACUAUGGUUCUCGCGAGGGACGAGAGAUCAAAGUGAGGACUGUACACAAGGGAGACACCACUCGCUCCUCCUUGCUCGUCCACAACGCCACCGUCUGGGACUCCGGCAAGUAUUCCUGCAAGCCUUCCAACGCCCAGAAGAUCUCCAUUGAUGUCCAUGUUCUAAAGAGCGAGACCCCAGCAGCCAUGCAGACUACCACCAGCAGCGGCAUCAGCCUUCUGCUGUCUCCAGCCCUCGUCACCGCCUGCUGCACCCUCGCCGCUGUCUCUCACACGCCCCAUGCCACCUCUUUAUUCUUCUUUAUCUCCUCGUGUCUCUCGCUCUCCCUUUUCACUCUUUUCACCAACAGAUAAGAGACAGGACCAAUCGCACCUUGUCGGCGGCUGCGUACUCGCUUCGUGGCACCCGGGAGAGGGGCUCGAGCUUGAAGGCGGAUUACAAGGAGGGAGCAGUAGCCACUCAGUGCCAGACACAAGGCAGAGAGCGCCGGUGCCAGACACGGCAGAGAGUGCCAGUGCCAGACACACGGCUGAGAGUGCUAUUAACAAACACCACGGCCGAGAGUGCCAGUAGUUAGCUAUAUAUCCAAUUAGAGAACAGACGUAUGCCGUACUGUUGAGUCGCAGUUAUGUGUAAAAACAACCAACAAAUGGCUGUAUACUUGAUGACAAUCUGGUCAGCAAAGGUUCAGUGUUUUACCUUUUAUUUUGUUGUACUCGUUUUCUUCUGUAGCUUCGUACUACCGUCUGCUGGUUAGCUCUCAUCAUGCGUUGUGUAUCUCUUCGCCAAAUCAUUACCUCUGCAUGCUCUCUAUUUUCCAGUUCUUCCUGAAAAGCUAACCUGACGAGGAAAUGAGGUGAAAUAACUCAAGAAACCAUUUCAGCUCGUCUUCAGAAUUAGUAUUCACAGAUAAGGGAACUUUUGUUCGCAUUUGUAUAUAAAUACGCACAAAAACGGGGAAAACUUAAUCCUUUAACUUUCCUGAUGCUAAAAACGUAAGCUGCAAGUUUUCUCUGUUAUAAUAAACAGUGCUCUUUUUCCUUCAACAUUUUAUUAUUUAUAAUCUUAUUUAAAAACAAUCCCGUGAACGUAUUUAUUUUUACUAAUUUAUGGGUUAUAUGUAAAUCCCUAAUCUAUAGCACAAUGUUCAAACUCUAAGAUAAUAUUGUGAAAUGAUGCAGACUGAAUAGAUUCAGUAACUUAUUUAUUCAAGUCAAAACCACCUCAGUUGGAAAUUAUUGCAAUCCAAGAGCAUCACAAAAUAGACGAAUAGUUUAAUCUCAAUUCCAAACACUUCACAGGCUCAACUUUGACACCUGGUUCGGGGGUUUAUAGAUUCGGUCAACUUGAUCCUGUUACCGCGAACAUCAAACGGAAUGAGCCGCUGUCAUCCCGUGAUUUGGAAAUGAAACGAACGGGAGCAAUCUCAGUCCGCGGUUCCAACAUCAAACAGACAGGUCGGACCUCAUUACCUCAGUCCAUCAAAGUGAGAAGAUGGAAAUGUGACGCCCUGUAGGUGUUGCAACUUCCGGGCUUCAGUUGUUGAAGGAUCUCUGAUCUUUAAUUGUUGGUCUUCUGGUCAUCAUGUGCUGGAAGACUUCCGGUCAUCAAAUCCUCUUUCUUCUCACCCAUUUCCCCGCAAACCUUCCCUUUCCCCCUCUUUAUAUUUUUUCUAUAAGGCCUUUCAGACUUAAAUUUUUUAAAAUAUACAACUAAAAUUCUGUAAAGUAACUGUAUAUAUUUUUUUGUACAUGUUGUAUGUAGUGAACCGAAGAGAAACAUUCAUGUAUUAACAGAUGUUUUUAUCCUGAAGUAUUAGAAAUUUACUGAUUAUGCUUACAGACAAUUAAUAUUAAAUUUACGAACAGCGAAUUUAGGAUGUUUAUAUUUUCUAUACAAUUUUUUUCUGCGAUUUUACCCUUACAUAAUCCUCUCAGGUCAAUUAGUUAGUAUUUUUGCACAAGAAUACUAAAACAUUAAAUAGUGUGAUGAAAGAAUCGCGGAUGAUUCGGGAAUCAAAAGAAAUAUUCCUCAUCGGGAACUGUUCAUCUAAGGAUUUGGGAAUAAAAAAAAAAAUCCUUAGCGUUAGGAAUGGUUCAGCAAAUUAUUUGAAGACUAACGUAUAUUUUCUUAUCAGAAACACAAGUGUGUCAGUGAACAACAACGCGAGACAAAUUAAGAAACAACGAUUUAGAAAUAAAAAUAUGAGAAGAAUGCGAGUUCAAAACAAAAAUAUCAAGUUUGAGAGGUUUAACUGAGGUUUGAUGCACGGAAUGGGCCCCGCGGGUUCAAUGUUUAUCAGAGAAUAUGAUACUAAUAAUCGACUGGGCUUUUAGGUAGGCGGCUAGAAUUAUCAUAUACAGCGAUCAUGACAAGCUAUCGUUUUAGUCUAGUUUCCAAGCAUUACGAUCAAAUUCAAGUUAUUAAUAACCUAACCAUUACACUGUAACAGUACUGAUAGAAUACUUCGUUUAUAGAUUACAUUAAUUUAAGCUACUCUGAAUAUAAGAGUAGUGAUUUAAAUCUACAGUAAACUUAAAAUACUGCAAAUAUAGGUAAGCUUCAGGGCUAAGAUGGCCAGACAUAUCAGUGGGAAAGUUACGGUGAAAGAUAAAACUGUUUAUUAGGUCAGUCGCCCCUCAGCGGGCGAAACGAUUCCUAAUUUAUGUCGUCAGUGAUGGAUUCGUGUCUUUAUUUCACAGCUUGUCAGUAAUGAUACAUCUUAUAGGUGUAUCGAGUCAGAUGUGUAGGUUCUCACACACGCAAAUAUUUUUUUAAAUCAACAAUCAUUCAAACUCUAGAUGAUGUAAAUAACGGAAGAUAUAUGACGAUAAUAAAGGAGUUAGCUUUGACUAUUCUUCAAUUAGAUAACAUUUUGAAUUACCUCAAAAUACUCCAUACAGCUUCCUCGAGAGUAGCCAUCAACAGCAUCUCUCAUCAUAGGGCGUCAAACAGUUCUUUGGCGGAAAAUGAUAAGCUGUAAGGACUAACUCAUCCUCCUCGAACACGCAAGAUGAUCUCUGUCGUUGAGAAGAUUCUGUAGGAAUUUUAUCAAGUCCAAGUCGGAGUCCCUUCAGCAUAUAAAAGCCUUCGAAAUUACCAGUAAACUGACGGCUACCUUCACCUCCGAGGUCAACAAAGGACUGACAGUUCCCAUCAGCUUCCUCGAGGCGUGUCACCUGUGUGUCUAAGGACGCUCCUCCUAAUUACCUAGGGUCCAUAAAUAGUUUUUUUUCCUGGAAGCAGAGAACGUUACGGUUUCUGUCUCGGGAGUAAUUAUUGCACAUAAAUCUCUUGCCCUGAAGCUUCGUACAUUUUGGCGACUUUUGCAGCUCGGAAACUCGUCAUUUUAUAUAUUUUUUAUAACACUGUAUUAUCGUGUGGAACAUAUUUUAUCUGCGCAGGUGUUAGGUAGGGAUCACUUCUGACGUCAUAACAAGUACACACACACACACACACACACACACACACACACACACACACACACACACACACACACACACCGCUGCAGCAUACGGGCGCCUGGCAAACCUGAGAAUAGCGUUCCGAUACCUUAAUAAGGAAUCGUUCAAGACACUGUACACUGUGUAUGUUAGGCCCAUACUGGAGUAUGCAGCACCAGUCUGGAACCCACAACUGGUCAAGCACGUCAAGAAGUUAGAGAAAGUGCAAAGGUUUGCAACAAGGCUAGUCCCAGAGCUCAAGGGAAUGUCAUACGAGGAAAGGUUAAGGGAAAUCGGACUGACGACACUGGAGGACAGAAGGGUCAGGGGAGACAUGAUAACGACAUACAAGAUACUGCGGGGAAUAGACAAGGUGGACAGAGAUAGGAUGUUCCAGAGAGGGGACACAGGGACAAGGGGUCACAACUGGAAGCUGAAGACUCAGGCGAGUCACAGGGACGUUAGGAAGUAUUUCUUCAGUCAUAGAGUUGUCAGGAAGUGGAAUAGCCUAGCAAGUGAAGUAGUGGAGGCAGGAACCAUACAUAGUUUUAAGAAGAGGUAUGACAAAGCUCAGGAAGCAGAGAGAGAGAGGAUCCAGUAGCGAUCAGUGAAGAGGCGGGGCCAGGAGCUGAGUCUCGACCCCUGCAACCACAAUUAGGUGAGUACAAUUAGGUGAGCACACACACACACACACACACACACACACACACACACACACACACACACACACACACACACUAGAGAAAGUGCAAAGGUUUGCAGUAAGACUAGUCCCAGAGCUAAGAGGUAUGUCCUAAGAGGAGAGGUUGAGGGAAAUCAACCUGACGACACUGGAGGACAGGAGAGAUAGGGGGGACAUGAUAACGACAUACAAAAUACUGAGAGGAAUUGACAAGGUGGACAAUGACAGGAUGUUCCAGAGAUUGGACACAGUAACAAGGGGACACAGUUGGAAGUUGAAGACACAGAUGAAUCACAGGGAUAUUAGGGAGUAUUUCUUCAGCCACAGAGUAGUCAGUAAGUGGAAUAGUUUGGGAAGCGAUGUAGUGGAGGCAGGAUCCAUACAUAGCUUUAAGCAGAGGUAUGAUAAAGCUCAUGGUUCAGGGAGAGUGACCUAGUAGCGACCAGAGAAGAGGCGGGGCCAGGAGCUCGGACUCGACCCCUGCAACCUCAACUAGGUGAGUACACACACACACACACACACACACACACACACACACACACACACACACACACACACACAUACACAUACACACACACACACACACACACACACACACACACACACACAGCUGUGACUCAACCCCCGCAACCACAACUAGGUGAGUACUUGGUGAGUACACAUACACACAACCUAAGAAUAGCGUUUCGACACCUUAGUAAGGAAUCGUUCAAGUCUCUGUACAAAGAGUACGUCAAGUCUGUAUUGGAAUAUGCAGCACCAGUAUGGAACCCACACCUGUGUCAAGCACGUCAAGGAAUUAGAGAAAGGGCAAAGGUUUGCAACAAGACUAGUCCCUUAACUAAGGGGCAUCUCCUACGACGAGAGGUUAAGGGAAAAAGACCUGACGACAUUGGAGGACAUGAUAAAGACAAAAUACUGAAAGGAAUUGACAAGAUGGCUAGGGAUAGGAUAUUUCAGAGGGGACACAACAACAAGGGGUCACAACCGGAAGUUGAAGAUUCAGAUGAGUCACAGAUGUUAGGUUGUAUUUCGUCAGUCAUAAAGUUGUCAGGAAAUGGAACAAUCUGGAGGCAGGAUCCAUAUACAGCUUUAAGAAGAUAUACGAUACAACUCAUGGAGCAGCGCGAGAGCGGAUCUAGUAGCUACCAGCGAAGAGGUGGAACCAGUAACUGUGACUCGACUCCUGCAACCGCAAAUAGGUACGUACGUACACACACACACACACACACACACACAAACUAAAAUAUUUGAAAUUAAUAUCCCCUGGGCUUUAAAAAAAUAUAAGACCCAGGGGAAACAUAACAACAUUUAAGAUAAUCAAGUGAAAGGGCGAGUAUAACCAGACUGCAGGCAGGGAAAUGGGCGCAAUGGAGGAAAAAAAUGUAGAACAUAAAUUGGGAAAUAUUUUUUAAGCCUCGUGUUGGCUGAGUAGUGGAAUGACUUCUAUGAAGAAGUGGAGGACAACUCUAAACCUCAGUUUUGCAAAUAUGAAUGAUAGGAACUUUAGAGAUACAUAUAGGAAGAAUAGGUGGUAAGGAACAAGUAUUUGGAAAUUUAUAUCUAAUACAGAAUAAUCUAUAGAAAUGAUCCGUAGAAAAUCUUAAGACGGAAAUACACGUGUUCAUGAUGGUACUGAUUCAUCCCGAAACAGUACGCAACAUGAUGCGUCUGAUGGUACUGAUUCAUCCCGAAUCAGUGCGUAUCAUGAUGCGUCUAAUGGUACUGAUUCAUCCCGAAUCAGUACCAUCAGACGCACUUUAAAAAAUAUAUACUGAAAAACUUUGAAAAUAAGAAAGUUAAAACUAUCUUGAACUUCCUAAUAUAACUUAAUGUUUAUAAAAGAGAAAAGUUUCUAUGUUACUUUGAAAGAGUAAGUUAAACUUAGUGAAGUAGCAAUAUUUUUUAUCGCACUGCAUACCUAAAGUAGAAAAAAAUACAAAACCGUAACUGGAACAAUAUGUAAAUAACACACACACAGAGGAGACAAACCAAUGUUGACGUUUCGGUCUGACGUGGACCAUUAACUUAGGUGGCUAGUGAUGGUCGAAGUCCGAACGAAACGUUGUCAUUAAUUUCAGUUUCCUAUAUAUUAUUAUUAUUAAUGCACCCAUGGCAAGCGCUGAUCCCCUGUGGAUUAUUUACCAACAGGUUACGUUAUAGUUGCAAAAAAAAAAAAACGUUUAAACUAACAAGCUGUUAAUCGAACCAGGUAAACCAAGUAAAACAAACCUUGUUAAUUUAAUCCUUGAAUGUAGACUGGCACUGUUAACUUACCCAGGUAUGAUGUAAAAUUAACACUCACUAUUAACGUGAGUCUUUUGCUUUGUAAUACUUAAAACAACAGCCACCACGAGACUUUCCACAAACUUCUGACAUUGUGUUAGUUAUUUCUCCAUCAAAUGUUUAUUAAUACAUUUCGAAACAGUUGCUGUUUUAACACACAUUUAAAUUUCGUUAGAAAUAUAGCUUCAGGAUAUUUAGAAAAUAUGGAUAUCUCUCUUCUGUUCAGAGGAUAAGGAUGUUCUUCACUGUAAUAUAUAUAUACAUAUAUGUAUGUAGAGUGAUAAUGUUAACACUGGUGUAAUGGUCAGUGACACGUAUGAUUGUAUACCAUGUACAAAUACAAUAGUCGUUUACAAGGAGUCCACAGUCUCUCGUGUAUAUAGAAAAAGUAGAGACGAAUCUUUAUGUCAUGUCUCCCUUUAAUUCUCAUGUACCGAAAAAACAGAAAACUCCCUUUAUUGGCUGUCUGUCUUCCUGUGAGUUUCGCCUUAAAUAUUUAAGUGUGUGUAUGUGUGUGUGUAUGUGUGUAAAGAGGUAAAUAUCAAAGGGAGCGAAAGAGAGAGAGAAUGGGAAUUUGGAAUGCCUCUUAGACAUCACAUCUGAGUGUUAUAUAUCGGAUAAUGCGAAAUCAUGUACAUGACUAAAUAUACUACACGUCAUUCGUUUUAAUUAUCAGCCAUACUUCCAGAACAUCAGGGUUUGUAUUAGUUAUAAGAAUACCGCUUGAUACUUCCUAUAAUAGCCAGAGUCGGCGAACGAGGCUGCAACACCAGCUGAUAGAUGCAUUUCUGCAACACUCAAGGUAUGUGUUGCAAGCUAAUUGGUUCUUCACAAGGAACACUCAUCACAACACACGUCUGCGUGAAAGUAAAAAAAAAUAGUGAAUGUAGUACAAAGAUUAGAACUGCCAACCUAGCAGAUGGAAGACAAAGUCUCACCAACAGGAAUGAUUCAAUUUACUGGAUUCCUGAUAACCAAUUCGCUAUUCAUGAUAUUUGAUUCAUGAUUAAUGAUUCUGAUUAUUGAGUAAUUAUUCAGAAGUUCUCGGCAUCACGUAGUAGCAGUAAUCAUUUUUUAUCAAGUCUGAAUAUAGAGGUAGCGAAAGAAAAGUCGUAACCGAUACAUUUAGUUCACAAAACUGUUGAUAUUUUCAAGCAUUGAAAUAAAGCUUCAUAGAGUUGAACCUGGGCUUUCACUUUGUGAACUGAGUGAGAAGCUAAGUAUAAUGUAGAGGACAAGGUAGAGUUAAAGUGCUCUUGUUGUAGAGUAGGUCCCGAAGGAAGAUUGGAGGAAUAAGAGGAAAGUGAGAGAAAGUGGCAGUGGAGGAUCACGAUGAGCGAAGACGGUUAAGAAGUGAUCAUAGAAGAGGAUUUGCCGAUAGUUAAUAAACACGAAUCCAGAGGACAAGCACAAAAAAAAUGUGAAAAAAUGUAUAAGUACAAGGAAAGAAAAUUGUAGGGGUGAUUAUUACGUUACUAUAACUGGCUGGUCAACUUCCACCUGACAGCCCACAUAUACAACAGUAAUUACCACUAAUUAUUCCAUCUCAGAAAUACGUAUUAUGAUCCUAAACUUUUUCUAUACUACCCAUAUCUUAAAAUCUUUGGAUUCAAUACCAUUAUUUCACAAAAUAGUACAAUUAGAACGAAGGGUUUUCUUAGAUUAUUUCCAUAUAAGGAUAGUUGUAUCACGGAAACACAAUAUACACUGGGAUGGAAAUAGUUUUGCCACAAAAUUUAUGACACUGGCAGAAAUAAGGCACAAUACAUGUUUCAGGGAUACAGAGAGGUCACGCUGGUCGCCUCUGAGCUCUCCAAAGUUUUCAGCUCCGUCUCUGUCGUCUUAACGUCCUCUGUUCCAGUAUGUUAGGUUAUAUAUUUAUCAGGGAAAAAUCUCCUGACACGGGUCUUAUUCAAAUAAAUAUCUCUUUGUUCCGCCUCUCCUGACUUAUAUAUACACAAAGCCACUCAAGUCAUAGCCAAACAAACAAAACACAAGCCAGAACUUGCAGUUCUCUUAAAUAGCCACAUCCUCAAGUGCAUUAAUCAUUUCCCAC